CAGGUCUGCGCCGGCGCGGAAGGCCGCGCAGGGGUAGAGGGGCUCGAGCUGAGGGCGUUGGGUUCACGUGCCGCGGCGGCCCUGGCGGCUUGCGGAUGCUUCUUUCCUUUUCCUUUCUUUUCCCCCCGGCUUCUCAGUGUGCGUUUCUUGGUGAGUUUGUAGAGGAGAAAGUAAAGGAAACGAGAAUGCAGCCCCGUUCGCCGCAUGCUUUCCCCUCCUGGCCUCCCGGCCGCUGCGCUCCUCCUCCGCGCGCCGGCCGCCGCCACCUGUGCGAGUGGCCGGUGCGCGUCGUCCGCCCCGUCCCGCCGUGCUCGCCGCGGCCGGGUCCUCCUCCCCGCGCCCGGGUCCUCCUCGCCGCGCCGCAGCCUAGGGAGAGAAGCCUGCCGCGGGCCCUGGGAGUUUCGCCCGUGCCUUGAUUUUUUUUGAAGUGCUUCUUUCAGAGAAGCAGUUUUCUUCCGGUUUUGAGCCUCUUGAUUUUCCGUUAAUCUGGGUGCAUAUGUGACUGCUGAAACCUAUUUAGAAGCCUAAAAGAUUUCCAGGUUUGCAAGCAUUGGGUUUGCUUCAGCAUCAACAAACUUCAUGGAGAUCCAUUCCUGUAUGUCUUGUUUACAGGUCAUUGGAGUUAAGCAGAGCGUAAAUGAGCUGAAAAGUCAAAUAAGGAAGUGAAUCACAUCUUUUGACAGUUCUAAGUUUACUUGGCUAAAGCCAGUUCUUAAGUUGGCUUGGCAGAAAAGUGAAAAGAGGAUGCUCCACUUUUACCGAUGUCGGCAUCUGAAACAGAUAACACAGAAAUGUUUUUCUAGUACGCAUACUAGAACGGAUAAACACGCACAAUUGCCUCUUUCAAGAAGCUUUGUACUCACAGAAUUAAGGAAGUCAUGGCAUUCAACCCACUCUCUUAUUGGAGACAAAAACAUUAUCCUGAUGGGAGCUCCUGGUGCUGGGAAAACAACAGUGGGCAGAAUACUAGGUCAGAAACUAGGUUGUUGUGUCAUAAAUGUGGAUGAUGAUAUCCUUGAAAAAGCAUGGAAUAUGAGUGUAUCUGAAAAAUUACAGGAUGUUGGUGAUGAGCAAUUUUUAGAAGAGGAAGGAAAAGCUGUACUAAAUGUCUCUGCCUCUGGAAGUGUGAUUUCCCUUACUGGGUCUAAUCCCAUGCAUGAGGCUAGCAUGUGGCAUCUGAAGAAAAAUGGGAUAAUUGUAUACCUAGAUGUACCUAUAGUAGAUAUAAUUAGUCGUCUAAAAUUAAUGAAGAUAGAUAGGAUUGUUGGUUACAAUUAUGGAGCACCUAUAACAGACCUACUUCAAUUUAGAAGACGAUAUUAUAAAAAAUGGUAUGAUACUCGAGUUUUAUGUGAAAGUGGGGCUUCCCCAGAGGAGGUAGCUGACAAAGUGCUGAGUGCAGUUAAAAGAUACCAAGAUACUGACUCGGAAACAUUCAUUUCCACAAGGCACUUUUGUUCUAAAGACCAGGAACAGAAAGUUUCAACAAAAUUCUUUAGUGAAGCUGUUAUUGAGGGCUUAGCUUCUGAUGGUGGACUCUUUGUUCCUGAGAAGGAGUUCCCAAAAUUAAGUUCUAGGGAGUGGAAAAGCCUGGUAGGAGCGACCUACACAGAAAGGGCACAAAUACUGUUGGAAAGGUGUAUACAUCCUGCAGACAUACCUGCUGCCAGAUUGGGAGAAAUGAUUGAAACUGCUUAUGGGGAAAACUUCGCCUGUUCAAAAAUUGCCCCUGUCAGACAUCUUUUGGGCAACCAGUUCAUCCUGGAGUUGUUUCAUGGUCCAACAGGAUCAUUUAAGGAUUUGUCUUUACAGCUUAUGCCUCAUAUUUUUGCACACUGUAUUCCACCAAAUUGCAAUUAUAUGAUACUUGCAGCUACUUCAGGAGACACAGGGAGUGCAGUCUUAAAUGGUUUUAGUCGUCUUAGUAAGAAUGAAAAGCAGAGAAUAGCUGUGGUCACAUUUUUUCCUGAGAAUGGAAUAAGUGAUUUUCAAAAAACACAAAUCAUUGGAAGUCAGAAAGAAAAUGGAUGGGCAGUGGGAGUCUCAUCAGAUUUUGAUUUUUGUCAGACAGCUAUAAAAAGAAUUUUUAAUGAUUCUGAUUUUACUGGCUUUCUUACUGUGGAGUAUGGGACAGUCUUAAGUUCAGCUAAUUCCAUAAACUGGGGCCGAUUGCUUCCCCAGGUAGUAUAUCAUGCUUCCUCAUAUCUUGAUCUUGUUAGUCAAGGAUUUAUUUCUUUUGGAAGCCCAGUUGAUGUCUGUGUUCCCACAGGAAACUUUGGUAACAUACUAGCAGCGGUGUAUGCCAAAAUGAUGGGCAUCCCUAUUCGAAAAUUUAUUUGUGCCUCUAAUCAGAACCAUGUUUUGACUGAUUUUAUAAAAACGGGGCAUUAUGACCUACGGGAAAGGAAAUUAACACAGACCUUUUCUCCAUCAAUAGAUAUUCUCAAGUCUUCCAACUUAGAGCGACAUUUACAUUUAGUGGCUAAUAAAGAUGGGCAAUUAAUGACGAAACUGUUUAAUCAGUUGGAAAAUCAGCAUCACUUUCAAAUAGAAAAGAUUCUGGUUGAGAAACUUCAGCAGGAUUUUGUAGCUGACUGGUGCUCUGAGGGAGAGUGCCUGGCAGCUAUUAACUCCACCUACAAUACUUCAGGGUAUAUUUUGGAUCCACACACGGCUAUUGCAAAAGUGGUUGCAGACAGAAUGCAAGAUAAAACUUGCCCAGUGAUUGUUUCAUCUACAGCUCAUUACUCAAAGUUUGCACCUGCUAUCAUGCAGGCUUUAAAGAUUAAAGAGAUCAACCAAACUUCAUCAAGUCAACUUUACUUACUGGGAUCAUAUAAUGCCUUACCUCCACCACACAAGGCUUUACUGGAGUGUACAAAACAGCAAGAGAAGGUGGAACAUCAGGUUUGUGUAGCCAAUAUCGAUGUCCUCAAGAUACAUGUGGAAAAAGUAAUCCAAAAUCAAUUUAUAGGAAAGGUUUCUUAAUAGAGUAUUUUUCUCCUGGUAAUAAGCAUGCAGUAAUAAACCUCAGAAGUUGAUUUGGA